CUCCUCCGGCUGCAGCCACACCGGAGAUCCUCACCUCAGUUAAAACCUGAAAUCCUCCUCAUCUCACUUCUCAUUUCUGCUUUUCUGCUUCCUAACCGCCGACGGGAUCUUAAAAGAAAAGAAAAGAAAAGAAAAAUGGCACAUCAUGGAUUAAAAGCGCGCAAAGCGCAGGCGGACUUAUCUGACUGCUGUUUGCAGACUGUUUAUCCUUCUCUCUCUGGCUGAGCUUUCUGCUCCUGUUUCUCCAUUUUUUCCCAUCAGCUCCUUUUUUUUCAGGACAUCGAGGCGUUUUUUCUACACGAAGAAAGAAACGCGACAGUUGGAAAAAACGUUUUUGUUAACAAUAUGCUCCUUUAUGCUGCUCUGCCUUUUAUUAAAGUAUUUUAGGAUUUCAUUUUAACUAUAUAACUUAGAAAUGGAGCCAGGGAAGGAGAACGCGCUCCCCAUCAGGGAGGGGGUUAAACAGAUGGCAGGAAAGGCCCUGGGGAAGCUGUACAGGAGGAUGGAGAAAAAGCAGCAAACAGGUGAGAGCAUAGAGCUGACGGAGGACGGCAGACCCAGGGGGGAGCAGGAGCGCAAGGCUCCCCUGUGUGACUGCACCUGCUUCGGGCUGCCGCGCAGGUACAUCAUCGCCAUGCUGAGCGGGCUGGGCUUCUGCAUCUCCUUCGGGAUCCGCUGUAACUUGGGUGUGGCCAUCGUCAGCAUGGUGAACAACAGCACAAUCCAUCAGAACGGCAAGAUCAUCAUUAAAGAGAAAGCGAAAUUCAACUGGGACCCAGAGACUGUGGGAAUGAUUCACGGCUCUUUCUUCUGGGGUUACAUCGUGACUCAGAUACCAGGUGGUUAUAUUUCCUCCAGACUGGCUGCAAACAGGGUAUUUGGUGCUGCCAUUGUGCUGACAUCCAUCCUGAAUAUGUUCAUUCCCUCCGCCGCUCGUACGCACUACGGAUGUGUCAUUUGUUUAAGGAUUCUGCAAGGCUUGGUGGAGGUAUUGAUGCAUCUCUCUUUGACCUUUAAAGCUCCACUGCGGGAGAACCAACCGGCCGCGUUCAACGCCGCAACUUAUUAUGGAUGCUUUGGAAUAUUUUGGUACAUGUUCUGGAUUCUGGUGUCCUAUGAGAGCCCGGCAGAGCAUCCGACCAUCACCGAAGAGGAGCGUCGUUACAUCGAAGAGAGCAUUGGAGAAAGUGCUCAGCUCAUGGGCGCAGCAGAAAAAUUCAAGACCCCCUGGAGGAAGUUCUUCUCCUCCAUGCCCGUCUAUGCAAUCAUUGUGGCCAAUUUCUGCAGAAGCUGGACUUUUUACCUGCUGCUCAUCAGCCAACCUGCAUACUUUGAAGAAGUUUUUGGUUUUGAGAUCAGCAAGGUCGGUGCGCUGUCGGCUCUCCCUCACCUGGUCAUGACCAUCAUUGUGCCUUUAGGAGGCCAGUUAGCAGACUACCUGCGGACCCACAACAUCAUGUCGACCACAAACGUCCGUAAAAUCAUGAACUGUGGAGGGUUUGGCAUGGAGGCAACUCUCCUGUUAGUAGUUGGAUACUCUCAUAGUAAAGGAGUGGCCAUCUCCUUCCUGGUGAUGGCAGUGGGCUUUAGUGGAUUUGCAAUAUCAGGGUUUAAUGUGAACCAUCUAGACAUCGCUCCUCGCUAUGCCAGCAUCCUCAUGGGCAUUUCUAACGGUGUGGGAACCCUAUCAGGCAUGGUCUGCCCACUCAUUGUGGGGGCAAUGACAAAGCACAAGACCCGUGAAGAGUGGCAGUACGUCUUCCUCAUCGCCUCCCUUGUGCAUUAUGGCGGAGUCGUGUUUUACGGGAUCUUUGCUUCCGGGGAGAAGCAGCCGUGGGCCGACCCCGAGGAAACCAGCGAGGAGAAGUGUGGCUUCAUAGACGAGGAUGAGCUGGCUGAGGAGACGGGUGACAUCACACAGAGCUACGGCGCCAUGGGUGGUCCUGCUAAAAGCUACGGGGCGACGGCACAGCUCAACGGAGGCUGGGUGCAGGACUGGGACAAGACAGAGGAAUACGUUCAGGAACCAGCAGGAAAGAUUUAUGCCCAGCGUGGCUACUCUUAGACCUUACAUCCAUGGUGAGCCUGCCUAGUAAACAGGCGCACCAUUAGCGAUUGCACAAGCGUUGGAUAGAAAUCUAGACAUUUUUGUUUUUGUAGUUUGACAUGAAAUCUAAAGUAGUUUAUUGCAAAUAAGAAAAGUAAUCCUCAUUAAAUUAUUGUUUUUCAUACGUGCAUAUUGUAGGGCUUCACUAAAUAUACGGAAAGCAGUUGCAACGCAAACUGCUGGUGUUUGCUAGGCACCCAAACCUCAUUGAUCUACUUGAACAACAUGAGCCAGACGACACUGCAGAUGACCAUCAGGUAGGGCAGGGGUCGGCAACCCGUGGCUCCAGAGCCGCAUAGCGGCCUGGAGCGUUUUCAAAAAUGUUUGAACAUUUUUAUUUAUUUGUAUAUUCAUUAUGUUUUCUAAAUGUAAACAUAUAUUUCAAUGAACAUUUGCGUGAUAGCCAUAGAUAUCAGUGGUCAUAGCCUGCAGCAAAGGAAGAUAGCUGAUUCGAACAGAGGAUUCAAAGAAGAGUGGAGAGAAUCAUUAGCUUUCAUUAUCAAUGAGGAAGGAUUGCCUGCAUGCAAGUUCGGACUGGGAACGAUUUUCGGCCCUGGUAUUGGCCCACUUAUGGACCGGUUCAUAAACCGCCUGGAUAUACGAAAUCUCGCCCAAUUUGAUCCAAAGUCUAUUGAUCUCUCAGGCCAUAAAUCUAAAGAAAAACAUUUUUUUAUCCAUAGACGGCCAUCCUAAACUGCCAGAUUGGGAAAAAUCCCAACCAAUGCAUGUAAGACGGGAAACCUUAGCCUUUAGAUGAAAAACCCCAUCAUGCAUCGCAACAUUUUUUUGCUAAAUAUUCCAACAUAAAUUUUCCAAAUAUACGACAAACAUCGCAGUUUGGUUUAAAGAAAGCCUUUUUAGUUUUAUUAUAAUUUAGUUUGUUGCAAGGAUUUUACAGUUUGAA